UCUACUACCCAUUUUUCUACAGCUUGCGUACUCGCCGAGAAUUCUCGAAGACCCGAUCACCGCCGCUCUCCGCCACACAUCUCCGGUCACUUCGUUGCGUCUUAUUCCAUAUUUUUCAUUGUUUUAGCAAGUUGGGAGAGGAAUUGUGGAUGUUUUAUGUCAUUUGAGUCUCGAGAAGUGAUGAAGAGAGUGACAAAGAAGGUUGGGAAGUAUGAGAUUGGGCGCACAAUUGGUGAGGGGACGUUUGCUAAGGUUAAGUUUGCAAAGAAUACAGAGACUGGUGAGGCGGUUGCUGUGAAGGUGCUGGCUAAAAGUACAAUACUAAAGCAUAAAAUGGUCGAUCAGAUUAAAAGAGAGAUAUCCAUAAUGAAGAUAGUGAGACAUCCUAAUAUUGUGAGACUGCAUGAGGUUUUAUCGAGCCAAACAAAGAUAUAUAUAAUACUGGAGUUUGUCACUGGAGGCGAGCUUUUUGACAGAAUUGUUCACAAGACAAAGCUCUCAGAGAAUGAAGCUAGAGGAUACUUUCAACAGCUUAUUGAUGCAGUUGCCCAUUGCCACUCCAAGGGUGUGUACCAUAGGGAUUUAAAGCCUGAAAAUCUCCUUCUUGAUUCUAGAGAAAGGCUCAAGGUUUCUGAUUUUGGGCUCAGUGCACUACCACAAGAAGGUGUUGACCUUCUACAUACCACUUGUGGAACCCCAAAUUACAUUGCACCAGAGGUUUUAAGGAAGCGUGGAUAUGAUGGUGCUGCUGCUGAUAUCUGGUCAUGUGGAGUCAUUCUCUAUGUCUUAUUGACUGGAUACCUUCCAUUUGAGGAAUCAGAUCUGCCAACUUUGUAUAGAAAGGUCAGUGCUGCCGAGUUCUCAUAUCCGUUCUGGUUUCCUUCUGGUGCUAAGUCACUACUAGACAAGAUACUGGAUCCCAACCCUGAAACUCGUAUUAAAAUUGACGGGAUAACGGAGCAUCCGUGGUUCCAAAUGAACUAUGUAUCAAUCAGCCAGGGAGAGGAAGGUGAUGUGAGCUUGGACGAUGUCUGUGCUGUGUUCGAUGACAUCGAGGAUCAAUAUGUAAUGGAACGAUCUGAGGAGAAAAUUGCUCCGUUAAGCAUGAAUGCAUUUGAGAUGAUCACCCUUUCUCAAGGACUGAAUUUAUCUGCGUUGUUUGAUAGACGUCAGGAUCAUGUAAAACGACAAACGCGUUUUGUUUCACGCAAGCCAGCUAAAGAUAUUAUUUCAGCGAUUACUAAGUCUGCAGAGUUAUUGGGUUUUAAGGUCCAUAGACGUGGCUACAAGACUAGGCUCGAGGGAGCAUCCAUGAACGGGGCUGGACAAUUUGCUGUUGUUUUGGAGGUCUAUGAAGUGGCACCAUCCCUUUUUAUGGUCGACGUUCGGAAGGCUGCUGGAGAUACUCUCGAAUACCAUAAGUUUUACAAGGACUUUUGUAGCAAACUGGCCCACAUCAUAUGGAGACCAAAAGAGGGACUGCCAGCCUCUUCUCUGUACAGAACAAUGACGUGCUAAGCGACCCGGCACCUGAGGAGGAGAGGAUAUUUAUAGUGUACAGGAAGGUAAUGUAUACAUAUGCUUUGUGGUGGUUACUUAUAUCUGGUACCAGGUUUUAGAGCGGUGAGUGUGUAACAAACCAGUUGGAAUUAUGCGUCUGGUAUAAUUUCAUAUUUUAUAAUAAAUAUAAAAUAAGAUGUGCUUUAGUCUAAA